AUGGCACUCCGUCAUCCAGCUCCCGCCUCCUCCCUCGACGCCUCCUUCCUCAGCCGGAUCGCUUCCCUCAAGUUGCAUGACCUCCGUCUGUCGCUCCGUCCGCUCCCCUUCACUGCCUCCUUCUGCCUCCCUCAUCGAGUCCCUCAAGGAUCUUCUUCCUCUCCGUCCCAGCCGUCACAAGAGCGACUGGUCGUGGCUGCCGACGCGCUCGACUUGGACGCGUCAGCAAUCAAGAGGGCAGUUCUGACGACAGGCGAGGUAACUAUCUUCAACACGAUCGAGAGUUUCAAGGAGUUGGACAAGAAGCAGUUCUUGCACAACAUCGCAACGGAGAUGUGCAGGCAGAUCGACUCAGGGGAAGUCGAGGAGAACCCCUCGCUCCUGGUUCGCUGCGACGUCAUUGUCUUCUCGGACCUGAAGGACUACAAGCACUACUACUGGUUCGCCUUCCCUGCCCUCUGCUUCCCGGACCCUCCCACCUUGUCGGACAGCAUUCUGAGCAUGGAGGACGUCAUGAGUUCGGACAUGAUCCACCAGCUGCAUAUCGGCUACAAUGGGUUGCUGGAAAGCAGCGGGAAUGGUAUCCCCCCGUUCUUCAUCGUCGUUGAAGACAAGGACGCAAACACUGUGUCGGUGAAGCCUCUCAGCCAUUAUCCCGCUUGCGCUCAGAGCGGCAAACAAGUCCUCUUCGGCUUUGUCGAUCACUCGCCACUACAGUCGAACCCUGGCUGGCCUCUACGAAACCUCCUUUACUUCCUCAACCGCCGCUGGAGUCUGAGCGAUGUGACUGUCCUGUGCUAUCGCGACUUCUCCGAGAACAUGCAGAGGGAGAGUCAAGCUGAGUGGCAUUCUCGACAAGGCCGGAGAGCCGAUAGUGACAGGGUGAAAGAGACUCUCUCGUGGGAGCUCAACCAGAAAGGCAAACUCGGGCCACGGUGUGCAGAUUUAGCUCCUUUCAUGGAUCCGAAGCGAAGGGCAAUCGAGUCAGCAGACCUGAACCUGAAGCUGAUGCGAUGGCGGUUCUUGCCAAAUCUCGACACUGAGAGCUUGAGUCAUAAACGCUGCCUCCUCCUCGGCGCAGGCACGCUUGGUUGUAACGUGGCACGAUCUUUGACAUCUUGGGGUUUCCGAAAGAUCACAUUCGUUGACUAUGGGAAGGUGUCCUACAGCAAUCCAACUCGUCAGUGGCUCUUCGAAUUUGAGGACUGUCUCUCACUCUCUCGCUCUGACGUGAGCUUGCAGGCUGCGGCUGAUCGCCUGUCAAGGAUCGUACCGAACAUGGAGGCUGAAGGAUUCGAGCUCAGCAUCCCCAUGCCUGGACACCCAGUCGCCGAGGAACUGCAGGGCAAGGUGCUCGCAGAUGUCGCAAAGCUCGCCGAUCUCAUCCAGCACGCUGAUCUGAUCUUCCUCCUCACCGACACUCGCGAGAGCCGCUGGCUCCCCACGCUCCUCUGCGCAUGCAAAUCGAAGCCCUGCAUCAACGUCGCUCUUGGCUUCGACACGUUUGUCGUAAUGCGACAUGGAGUUCCUGACCCUGCAAACGCCACCGACCCCCAGCAGAUCCCAUCCUGUAACCUCGGCUGCUACUUCUGCAACGACGUCGUCGCUCCUAUGAACUCGACUCGCAACCGCACAUUGGACCAGCAGUGCACCGCGACACGUCCUGGUCUUUCCCCGAUCGCCUCGUCUAUUGCCGUUGAGAUCGCCGUCUCCCUCCUCCAUCAUCCCAAAGGCUGCCUGGCUCAAGCAGACACGGAGGAGGAGCAAGAGGGGACAGACUUGGGCAUCCUCCCGCAUCAAAUCAGAGGCUUCCUCUCCUCCUUCUCCAACGUCGUCGUGCAAGGCAGGCCCUUCAAACAUUGCACUGCAUGCUCAGCUGUGAUUUUGAAUCAGUACGCUACGAGAGGAAACGAGUUUCUGCUCAGGGCUUUCAACGAGCCCAACUUCCUCGAGGAGGCGUCGGGGCUCACGGACAUGCUGCGGGAGGGUGAGGCGCUCAUGGAGGACUGGGAAGAUGACGAGGUAGAAGAGUUAGAGCCGUGA